AUGUUGUCUGUAGUAACCGAUGGCCAUGGCAACCUCAAUGGUGACGGCUUUGGAAUCGGCUGGUUCAGCACCGAUGAGCGUCGGGAGCGCGACCCCACUCCAUGCGUUUUUACAAGCAUCACCCCGGCCUGGAACAAUGAAAACCUGAGCCGCCUGGCCUGCAAGAUUGUGUCACCGCUCGUGUUUGCGCACGUGCGGGCCGCAUAUCCAGGCAUGCCCGUCAGCGAGCAGAACUGCCACCCCUUCCAGUUCAGCCGGUACAUGUGGAUGCACAAUGGCGUUGUGGCGGGCUUCGCGCAG